AUCGAAUUUUCGAUAAUCGAAAAGGGUCUCGUUCGUGAUUCACGACAUCCCGGAACCUUUGGAUAGCGGAAAGAAAAAUGCGCAACGAGUGGCUAAGAAUCUUGAUCGCGAUAACAGUUUUCGCCCUUAUGGUUCACGGGCAAUUGAGAUCGCCGCGCAUAACGGAACAUCCGUCGGAUAUAAUUGUGGCGAAGAACGAACCGGUAACGUUGAACUGCAAGGCGGAAGGUAAACCCCAGCCAGUGAUCGAGUGGUACAAGGACGGUGAACUGGUUCAAACGUCACCGGGAGAUACGAAAUCCCAUCGCGUUCUUCUUCCUACGGGCUCUCUUUUCUUCUUAAGGGUAAUGCACGGGAAAAAGGAACAAGAUGGCGGGGUUUACUGGUGCGUCGCGAGGAAUCAAGCUGGCUUCGUUUCGAGUCGAAACGCUACCCUGACUGUUGCAGUACUAAGAGAUGAAUUUCGAGCGGAACCGCAAAACACUAGAGUCGCAGCUGGAGAAACCGCUUUAUUGGAAUGCGGACCACCCCGAGGACAUCCGGAACCAACGUUACAUUGGAAAAAGAACGGUCACAAGAUCGAUUUGGAUUCUAUUAAAAGGAUCACUUUGGUGGACGGUGGGAAUUUGAUGAUCUCGGACGUAAGGCAAACGGAUCAAGGAAAGUAUCAGUGCGUUGCCGAGAACAUGGUAGGCGUGAAAGAAUCCGCAGUGGCAACUUUGACAGUUCACGUGAAACCGUUCUUCUUAUCGACUCCCGCAAAUCAAACGAUCUUGACGGAUCAGACGGCUGAGUUUGGUUGCCGUGUAGGCGGCGAUCCUCCGCCCGAGAUACUUUGGCGACGGAACGACGGAAAGAUGCUGAUCGGACGUGCGCAUAUUUUGGACGAUAAGAGCUUGCGGAUAGAAAAAGCGACGUCCCAAGAUCAAGGCACGUAUAUCUGCGAUGCCGAGAAUGGCGUUGGUGCGAUAUCGGCGAGCGCAACUUUAACGGUACAUUCGAGACCGGUCUUCACGAAUUUUCCGAAAGACGAGAUCGCUGGGAUCGGAUCGAACGUUUCCUUUUCCUGCGCGGCACGCGGCGCGCCGAAACCUUCCGUUUUUUGGACUCGCGAAGGCUCUCAGGAACUAAUGUUCCCUGGGAACGAGUAUCAGGGACGUUACAAAGUGACGGAAGACGGAACUCUGCACGUCAAAGGAGUCGUUGGUAAAGACGAAGGACACUACGUUUGCAGCGCGAUCAGCCAAGCCGGCGCGAGUACGGCGACAGUUUUUCUUCAGGUCGCAUCCGUCGAAGAGGCUCCGCCACCCAUUAUCGAACUGGGCGCGACGAAUCAGACGGUAGCUCCAAAAAGUGAAGCUUGGCUGCCGUGCCGCGCUUUCGGACGACCGGUACCAAAAAUCCGCUGGUACAAAGACGACGAACCCGUGCGAGUCGACGUCGGCGAACGAUUCGCGGUCGCUAGCAACGGCACGCUUUCGAUAAAGAACCUUCAGUCGAGCGACAACGGAGUGUACAGUUGCGUCGCUUCCUCCGAGUCGGGGAAUACAUCGUGGACCGCGAGCUUGACGGUUAGCCCUGAAGCCAACGGUCACCGCGGUAGCGUGCCGCCAGACGUAACGACGUUACCCGGAAGCCCGAGUAAACCGAGAAUAGUGAAUGCUACCAGUAACACGAUUACGCUUACUUGGAGUCCGGGUCACGAGGGUGCCAGUAAGAUAAUCGACUACAUCGUCGAAUAUUACGCCACGAAUCCAAAAACUGGCUGGAUCGUUGCCGCGAUGGGAAUUACCAGCGAUAUUUAUACCGUAACCAACCUGAAGCCCGACACAAGUUACGCGUUCCUCGUUCGUGCUAGAAAUGCUCAAGGUCUAUCGCUUCCCGGUCCUCUUUCCGACGUUGCGCGCACGACCAGCCUCGAUCAACAGACGAUCCCGCAAACCGAACUGAUUCGAGCUAGAGACCGGCUGAAUAGCGAGAUUCUCUACUUGAAGGAAGUACAACCCAUAAGCAGUACCAGCGUGAAGAUCGUAUGGGAUAUUCUCGGAGCUGCCGACUUGGUCGAGGGUCUCUACAUUAGAUACCGGCAGGUUUCCGAAAAACCAGAGUAUAAAAUGGUUACGGUACUGAACGCCGGAGCAACCAGCUACGUUUUAACGAACCUAAACAAGUAUACGCGUUACGAGUUCUUUCUUGUUCCGUUUUUCAAAAGCAUCGAAGGUAGACCGAGCAACGUGAGGCUGGCGACCACGUUGGAGGACGUACCCUCCGCUCCACCGGAAAACGUUCACGUUGGUAUGAUAAACGUGACCUCGGCGUUCGUUCGUUGGUCCCCACCGGCGAAAAGCAUGCAGAACGGCCAGUUGAUCGGAUACAAGAUUCAGAUAAAGAGCAAUAGCAGCAACAAGGUUUUGGGUCAAAUGUCUUUAAACGCGUCGACGACGUCCGUAAUUAUCAACAGCUUAACGACCGGUGGUCUGUAUACGGCACGGGUUGCCGGAUUGACGCGCAUCGGACUCGGUCCGUUUUCCGCUCCGACCGUUCUGAACAUGGAUCCAGGACAGCUGACGCAAUUGCCACCGCGAACGGAUCCGAGUCAAGGGAGUGCUUCCGUUGUCAGCGAAACUUGGUUUCUAAUCCUGAUGAUAACGGUCGUGCUUGCCGUUAUCGCUACCCUGCUGGGAGUUCUUUACGUUCGACGAAGGCAAACGAUGAGUAAACAGCUCGGUCACUCGAACGUUCCAGUUGGUACGGCCAACGACAUUUGUCAUUUAAACAAGGACACUCUAUGGCUGGAACGCGGCUGGAGACCGAGCAAUACUCUACAAACCUCUACCACCGACAAGGACUGCGAGACGAAGCUUCUCAGCAAUCAGCAGAAUCAAAUUGGUCUGCCACCCGGAAUCGUAGGAAUGACGGGCUCGGAAUACGCCGAAGUGAAUCUCACCACGUUCUAUAACACGAGAAAACAACUACAGGCUCCGCCGGAACCGUACGCCACGACUACGCUCUGCAUGCCGACUCGUAGUCCAGACUCGAUAGAAACCAGUGGUCGAAAGUCGAAUUCGAGCGAUUCCUGUCUCAAACCUGACUACUCGAGUUUGGAUUCGAAUCUGGAUCGAAACAAAUCGACCGUUUCGCCGUGCAGCGACAACGCCAGUAGCGUCUACAACGGAGACGAUAACGCGGAACCGCAUAGAAGGACUCAUCAAUAUAGAAUGCCGCUACCUACCGAAAAUCCACCGCCGAAUUGGUGCGAUAUGCUACCGCCCCCGCCAGAACAUCCACCCUCGUUCGAAGGAUCACUCGGUUCCGUCAGAACGCAUUCCCAUCCUCAUCCCCAUCAGCAUCAAUAUCAAUAUCACCAUCACCAUCAUCAUCACCAUCAUCAACAACAACAACAGCAACAGCAUCAACUUCAGUACCAAUAUCAACAUCAACACCAACAUCAUUACCAGCAGCAGCAGCAGCAGCAGCAACAACAACAACAACAACAGUAUCAAACGGCAUUUAGCCCUCAUCUAGGAAAAAGAAGUAUCAACAGACAGAACGAUUUAGACGCGGUGACUGGUUCCGGAUUAGCUUUGGGACUAGGUUUAGGCUUGAGUUCGAAUUCGGGUUCCGGAUCUGGUUCCGGAUCGGGUUGCGGGUCUGGACCAGGUUCGGGGAAUUCUCAAAGUCCACCAAGUCCACCGGUCAGAACAGCUAAUAACUUGGGAGGCUCGGGAACUGUUUGGAACGGUACGAGUCAACAGCAGCAGCAACAGCAGCAGCAACAACAACAACAACAACAAUCAUCGUCAUCAUUCGACGGUAGUUCCAGUCAACAAAUUAGUAACGUUCACCCACAGAGCAGGUAUACGAGUUUGCCUCCGCAAACGAAUCCACCACCACCGGCGUUGCCCGCUCUUCCGCAGGGAUUCGAUCGUUACGAGUACAAGACUAAUCCAGAAAACGAGUACGAGAGCGGUUCUCUUUUGUAUGGACAACGAAACGGUUCGCCGUUGGAAGACUACGAUUCCACGUAUUGUCGCGUAAACCGAACAGAUUCACGGUCGGAACAAUCGAUCGCGAACGAGGAAAUCUAUCGACGUAACGAUCGUGACGCUUAUCCGACUGAGAGCCUCUAUCAACCUGAGAACGACGAUUGGGAUAGAAAAUCCUGCGAUUCGAACGCGCACUCGGACGUUUGUUGUUCCUGUUCCGAGUCCAGUUGCCUGUACGGGAACGCGCUAGCAUACAACGAUCAGUUUACUUCGACAUCGGCCACGUGUCUACACGACAAAGCCGGAUCUCGAAGUAGAAGCGGUACAAGUCCCCGUAGAAGAAACGCUAGAACCUCUUCGCCGACCUACAGCAGCGGCGAUAGUAAUUACUCUUGUAUUCCCCCGAGACAAUCCGGAAGUAUCGGCUCGCAAGAAAGGUCGAGGCAUAACCGUAGUAAAGACAAAGUGCCUAACUUCUCGAGAAUCGGCAGCUAUACUCAACACAAUUCCACGAGCUCGAAUACCGUCACCAGUGCCGGUAGUCAAAGGUACAACAAGCUAAACAAUGUCUUCGUAGGUGGUGGAAACUCGAGUGUUCCAGCAGAGUGUAGUCGGCCGGCCGACCUUCGCGACGGCUGAUAUCGUCGCGAUUCUCCGAAGCGGAGGAUCUCUGGUGAACCUUUAUCGUCGAGAUAAUUAAACUGGAUCCCAACGAAUUUAGUCGUCUCGCGACUACUCGACUAUCGCGAUCGCGGAUGUAUCUACGGGAGUUUUACCUAUCUUUACGGACCUCGAUCGCGUUCUCGGCAUCCUCAACGUUGAACCGUUGACAUCGAUACCACCACCGAUCAUUCGGUUCGUCUCUCGUUUAUGAAUUUUCUCCGUUCAUAUUCAGAGUUUCGUCUCGCUCCUCCUCCCUUCCGUCUCAUCCAUAUCGCUUUUCUUUAUCCUCUCAUCGCGAUAUCCUACUUGUUCGAAGCAGAAUAAUCUAUUUUCAUUCCGUUUUCCAAUUUUCCAAUCCUUGCUCGGUAUACACUCACCGACACCGAGUCCCGAUUAAAACACGAGAGAUAGAGGACGGUGUGCCAAGGAAAAGGUGCGCGUUAAAACGUUAAACGGAUUCAAGCGAAUAGGUAGCUUUCUCGCGAGUGACAUUUCGUUGAACAGGUAGUAAAAUUCGCGUUAGGUAGCUUCGAUUCGACGUGACAUUGAUUUUACACUAGAUUCUACGUUCUCGCCAUCAAGUUCCGUACAUGUGUAUGUCGUGCUUUUUAACGAUAUAACGUUCCUAAACUGUAAGAAAACGUCUCGAUGCUUGUCGCGUUAAGCGAAACAAUCGACGGACGAUUCUCCUAAAUACGCGCCUUUAUAACGGUACGUGCGAUUAACGAGUAUGUUUGUACAUAUACGUAUAUUAUUACCACUGCCGCAACAGCGACUGCCAGUGUAAGUAGUAUCUAUUAUCAUAUCGAACAAUUUUUUACAAGCUGUAUACGCUGCUAUGUUCUUUCCGUGAAGUUAAAGUAGCCGUAACCGCCGCUUGACGUAAUUUAUCGCGAACGCCACGUAACGCGUCGACGAAUUUCAUUUUUCAUGAUAGCCAACGCCAACGAAAUCGCGGCAGCUCGCCGUAGAGAGGUGCGUAAAUCUAAUCCAAGAUCCCGGCAAUAUCACACACGAAAUGGAUCUCAGGUUAACCGACAACAAAUUUGUUGUAAUUAGUUUAACGUUUUAAGGAAAGGUAGGAAGGAAGAAAGAAAAAAAAAAAGAAAGAAAGAAAGAAAAUUUACUGUAUUAAAUUGGUACAAUUUAGUAAAAGUAUAGUCGAUCGAUGGUUAUGGUUAUGAUUAUGGUUACGGUUAUAGAUGAAUAAAAAUCGGACGUCAAAAAAAAAACACUGCCGAGGAUUAUGAAUAAUUCCGUAAUGUUACGUAGAAUGGUAUAAAUUAAUAAUUGUAAAUCAGUCGCGCGAGUGUAAAAGUUUGCAAACGAAAUUGGUGAAUCCGUAGCGUGUAUAGAUACAAAUGUAAUCCAUCCAGACUGACGAGAAGCGAAAAAUCUAAUUAAUGGAUAACUACCGUUUUUGUAGCGUGUUUAGACUAGAAUUCGAAUCGGUGAACCAUAGCCACGUAGGACAUAUAUAUUUUAAGUAACAUUCACCGUAACAAUAUCCGAACUAUCUCCAUAUAGAUCUAUUUCGACUGUCCACCGAGUUUGCCAAACUUGACUCAAGUUUAACGACGCAAAUGACCGUUGUAGGAAUACGUAUCGUAUAAGUUCUUCGGGAGUGCGAACGCCCUCAAAUCUGUACAUAGACUCGCCAUUGAGAUUUUCCAUGGUAUGGAAGAACGCGCGGUAUCGAUAGGGGAUCGAUAGUAGUUACUUACUUAGAUACCGAAAAUAAUCCGUUCGAGGUCGAGAGCUCAUGGUAUUUUCGUUAUACGACGAGAGAAUUGCGAAAGAACGGACUUCUCGCUUUACGUCGAACCAUCUUAACAAUUUGCAGGAAAAAUGUAAUACGUUAUUUUUAUAGUUUAUCGUCCUCGCACGAUUGUUACGAUGGUUUGCACCAUUUGUAUCAUACAUAUAAUGCGCGCCGCGUAAUUCCUCCAGGUUGCAUUGCACAAAAAUAAAACGGGGCGCGCAAGCAUCGAUGCUUGCGCGCCCGUUCUUUCCUA